AUGUCGGACAAACCAGCCAGUCAAGCGGUGGCCAACAGUUACAGUAGCUAUCCACAAGGUCGACUGCCAUACACUACUCCAAGUAUUCAAGGCUACGCUGCAGGUCUCGGCUUGUCUGGCACCUCCCAGUUCACCAACAUGCAGGCCCUGAAGGCUUCCCUUCCGGCACCCACUCAUGUUGAGAGUGAGAUCAAUGCCUCCAGUCGUCAAGGCUAUAACAGCCCUCUGAUGGUCCUUCCUUCUGGUCAAACCGUUUCCCUCAAUAGCUUCUACGGCCAAGGUCAAUCUGGUGGCGGAGAUACAACCAACUCUGCCCACCUUCCAUACGUCCACACUGGCUUGUUUCCUGGUUUCGUUGGCAAUAGCAACAUUUCUGGAGCCGCGAUUCAUGGCUAUGGCUGGCCCUAUGGACUGACUUCCAACAUCCCUGGUUUUGAUCCUGCCCGUCGUGGAUCUUGGUCUUCCACCGAGGAUCCUUCCACCAACAAUCAUGGUGCUACGGUGGCUACACAGGCUGAUUGCUAUCCUGGACAUUCAUACAUUGCAAGUGCCAUUCCUAACCAGCACUACAUUGCUGGGCCCAUCCAACCCUUGAAAUUGCCGGACAACAAGGCUUAUGAGUUGGCCAAUCUUGACGAACUCGUCUCUCGAGAUCCUCCAAUUCCUCGUGCGGUCCCAGCGCUAUGGACCAAUCAAGAAGAACUCAGUCUUGCCAAAUGUCUUCAGAACCCAGAGGGUAUCACCAAUGUCUACAUUCGUGGCUUCAUGCCAGACACCACUGAUGAAGAUCUCGACCGCUGGGCAUCUCGUUUCGGUGAGAUCGAGUCUUGCAAAGCCAUCAUCGAACAAGACACGGGAAAGUGCAAAGGGUUUGGAUUCGUCAUGUACUAUUCUCCUGCCUCGGCUGAGAAUUGCAUUCGGGGAUUUUUCCAUCUAGGGUUUCAGGCCAGCUAUGCUCAGAAAUCUCGCAACUCUCGUCUCAAGGACCUCGAAGACCGAAAUUCGACAAACAUCUACUGCACUGGUGUUCCAAUUGACUGGAACGAGUCGGACCUGGCCAAACACUUUAUUCCAUACCUCGCCGUCUCUACCAAGAUCUGCCGUGAUGCCCCAUCUGGAGUCAGCAAAGAAGUUGGAUUUGCCAGAUUUGAAACUCGAGACAUUGCGGAACGUGUGGUCAAAGAGUUUCACAGCACGCUGACGGAACAUGAUGGUGUCAAGCUCUUCUUACGCUUCGCAGACACAAAAGCCCAGAAACAACUCAAGCAACAAAGUCAAGAACGUCGCAACUGGCGCAGUCGCGAGUACAGCUAUUCGGUUGAGCACACUCCAUCUCCAACCUUGACUCGCCUUCAGAAUGUGAACAACCACAUCAGUCCAGGAAGCUACCAAUCCCCGGCCGGUGCAAGCAAUGCAUUUACCCCCGCGACGUCAGUCUCUCCGGCUGACAUGCCCGGUAUGAACAAGGCUCGAGGUUCUGCUUGGCCGAUGCAAGGUGGUCUCCAGUCCAUUACCAACACCAGUGCACUCCGUGGAAGUGUUGCCCCAUACAUUGAGAUCCCAUCAAAGGUUGCUUCUACCAUCCCAAUCCUUGCAGACAACUCGGAUUCGAAGAAGGUUCAAACCCCAAGUCCCAAGAAGGUGACAAUUCGCAUCGAGCCUGCCAGUGGCAAAGAAAACUACUCGGGCACUCCUCAAUCCAGCAAGUGAAUGCAUCUCAGAACGGUUUCGCUACCACCAGUGCACAAGCUUUGGGUCUGCACUGUCCUCUUGGUGCGGCGGUUUCACAUCUUGUCCGCCUUGUCCAUUCUUGUUGCAAGCAUGGUCAGACUAAAAGUUGAAUCGUAAGAAUACUCGAUGCAUUCUUCACUCAUGUAUUGGCAAGUCAUCGCUACUUCUGCAUGAACAAUAUGUCGACAUGGAUCAGGAAUUAGCAGGGAUAUGCAAGUCAGUCAUCAUCGUUGAACUCAAUAUGUGCUACAAAGAAUGUACAAACAACAGAGCUGUAUAUGACAGGGGGAGAGACACU